AUGUCAUUGUACUUUCACUAUUUGGAGAAUAAGCUGGUGAAAGACAAACGUCUGUCAUCUCGUAUCAGCUUCAUGAUUAGAGAUGUUAUCGAGUUGCGCCAGCAUAGAUGGGAGCCGCGUCGAAAGGAGCUUAAACAGAAGACAUUGAAUGAAAUUCGAAAAGAGGCCGAGCGAGAGGCACGUGCUCCGCCAACCAGCGCGCCUGGUGGUGGGAGCCGGGAUAUUGGAGAUCGCGACCACUUCCGAUUGGACCGUCGUUCCAAUUCGUCUCGUGAUGGCUCUUUUAGUAGUCGUUCGACAAUGGCACCAGUGUAUCAGCAGUCACAGUCAAUGAGUAGCCGUAGCAACAACAAACAAAUGACACCUUUGCGUGGCAUAGGCGCGCGGGAUGAAUCUGUUAAAACUGGCCCUUCGGGUAGACCUGCUUACUUUGGUCUUGCCGCACGGCAAGCCGUCGUGGUCUGA